CUAAGAAUAUUCAAAAAAUUUAUGAUGAUCUUAAGGAGCCUCUCUUUUGGUCAAAUUGUUUUAAUUCAGAUAAGGGAACAGAAUAUAUAGGGAAUUAUAAGAGUUUAUUGCUUAAACAUAAUGUAAAAAUACAAUAUAUCAAAAUCAAGAAAGGUAAUGCUACAGCAGAACGUGAUCAUAAAGAAUUUGAAAAGCAUUCUGGUAUUCAGCAAAAUGCUAUAGAUUUUCUGUUACCUUUAUCAAAUCGUUCUUGA